UAAGAAUUUGUUAAUUCUAGGUAGAAAAUGUAGUGGAAAGCGAAGUUUACUUGAUGCUUUAGGGGAAAUGACAAAGACUCAUAAGAGUAAAUUGAUUGAUAUUAAUUUUAAGAUGCUAUUCGACAAAAAGGGAUUACACCAAUAGUAGAUUAUGCGUACUUAAAUUUGAUAGACCUUCGUGAUCCUGAUUACAACACGAAUGCUCGUUUGAAUGUGUAUAUUUUGGAAGAAGAGGGACAGAAGUAUUUGCUCCCUUAGAUUUUGAAUCAUAAGAAUAUCAAGAAUACAUUUGUAAUAAUAGCUCUUGACAUGCAAGAGCCUUGGACUUUUAUGGAAGAUUUAGAUAGAUGGAUAAGUGUAUUAUAGGACAUGAUGGCUGAAUUGAGAUUAAGCUUGAAUGAAUUGGAAGAGAUGAAAUCGAAUGGUAUAUAAUAUAUAGAUAUAAAAUAAGUGAUGUAAUAUAUGUCAUAAAUGGAUGGUGGUUAGGUACAUGAAGGUUUAUUGAAGACAAAUUUAGGAAUACCUCUGAUGGUGAUGGUGAAUAAAUCAGACAUUUUAGAAAGAGAUGAUAAAGGAAAGGAUUGGGAUUAGAAAGCAGAGAUCAUAUAAUUUUGUUUACGUUAGUUUUGUGUGAAUUGUAAGAGUUUAGAUAGAUAUAAUAAGAUGGAGCAACAUUGCUUUUUACUUCUGUUAAAUAAAAGAUCAAUAUAAAAGUGAUGUAUGAAUAUGUAUUACAUCGUUUGUAUAAUAUGCCAUUUGAGACAUCAUAACAUAAAAAUUUAUCAGAUUUUGAAAGUCUCUUCAUUCCUUUAGGUUAGGAUGACAUAAACAUAAUAAAGAGUACAUUUACAAAAUUGGCAAAUAGUGUAAUAAAAUAUGAGGAGAGUGUUCCAAUUGUAUAAUUGAAGAAAGUAAAUAAAAUAUAUAUUUAAUAUAGAAUCUAGUUAAAGAGGAAUUGACAGUAGAGGACGAUCAAGAGUUUUUUACAAAAUUAAAGGAGAAAUCUUCAUAAGCACCUGCAACCAGACCUAUACUUCCAAUUUAGAGAGUAGUAGAAUAACCAGUAUAAUAAAUACCUCCUGCUGAUUAACCUACUUCUGCUAGAGGUACGCAAUAAAGUUAACAACUUAAAGAUUUCUAUGAUAAAAUCAUGACUGGAAGAAAUGAUGUAAUUAUUGUAAUCUAAUAUUUAGUAAUAAGUUGAAUAAAUACAAUAAGCACAUUAACAAUUAUAAGAAAGGUUAAGAUAAAGAACUGUUACAGAAAUUCAAACUACAACAACAGCAGCUAGAUAGACUCCAUUGUUCAAUUAGUCAGAUCAAUAGAAAAUGUAGAGGAUUUUGAAAAAGUGAUAUUUCAUCCCCAUUAUCUAUAAAUCUAAAUAAUAC